CUAGUGUAUCUUCCUUUAUGUUCUUCUGACUAUCCUUCUCAUCGGUCUUCUCAUCUUCUCAACCGUUCUACGUUCUAAACUCAACAAGCUCAACAAUCAUCGCGAAGAUUCCAAAUCAUUUCAGAUGGAUGUAAUUUGUAUUGUGCGAGCUUGUGAUAUGUUUUGUGGAAUGUUCCGAAAUAUUCCUCUAUUUAUUUUUACUUGAUAUAAAAUAUCUCAAUAAAUAAGGAUUAUUACAUAAAGUGUUUUAGAAUAUCGGUUUAGUGGAAUAGGACAAAGGUUGUGAGAAAAUAAUGGCAUCUCAGAAAACGCAAGAUUUUCACGUGGCAUACGAUAUGCAUGGAUUGAAUCGCAUGGGUGUAGCAGAAAAGGAAAAUGCUUUUCAUAUAUGUUUGGUUGAUAAAGCAUUGGAAUUGAUUGAUCCUACGCCUAAUAUUUACAAGUUAUUUGUACAAUUUAAUGCAACAUUCUUUUGGAAUGUUUUGUCGCCUGUUGAAGUCAAGUGGAGCAAAAGAAUGACAAGUUGUGCUGGAAUUUGUUCCUUUCACCGGCGUAAUAAACAUUGUAUAAUAUCACUCAGUGCACCAUUACUCAUAUUAAGACCAAGAAAAGAUCUUGUGGAAACCUUGUUGCACGAGAUGAUCCAUGCAUAUUUAUUCUUGACAAAUAAUGAUCGCGACAGAGAUGGUCAUGGACCAAAUUUUUGCAAGCAUAUGAACAGGAUAAAUAAAAAAGCAGGAACUAAUAUAACGAUUUAUCACAACUUCCAUAAUGAAGUAAAACUCUACAAACAGCAUUGGUGGCAAUGCAAUGGACCUUGUCGAUACAAACCUCCAUUCUUUGGGACGGUACGGCGGGCUAUGAAUCGUGCACCCGGUCCGUCAGAUUUCUGGUGGCGCGAACACGAAGUUAAUUGUGGCGGUCACUUUAUAAAGAUAAAAGAGCCCGAGAAUUUUAAAUCACGUCCAAAGCAAAGCGAAAAAUCAAAAUCGAUAUUGAAGAAUAAAAAGCCGAAUAGAAAUAUCUCUGAUUGGUUAACAAAUACUCCGAUAAAUGCAGCUAAACCCACAUCUUCGAAAGUUUUUACUCAAAACGACUUCAAAUUAUUCACUCAAACGAACAAUGAUAAGCCUAGUAGUAGUAAGGAGAGCAAUGGUAGUACAAAUUCGUCUCGUGCUGUGAAUGAGAAUACUCAAGAUUUUUUGCUAGGAUGGAAACAAGUAGGCACCCUUGGCAGUAAUGCGUCCCAUUACUGGGCCGGUAGUGGGCCGAAAGUAGAAAAGGAUAAACCUUCUAAAUCUCUUACAUUUUCUUGUUCCGGCGUUUUGGGAGGCAGUAGCAGUGGUCGAAGUAGUCUCUUAAAAAAAUUUCCACUUGUAAACGAGGAAAAGCGAAAUUCGCGUCGGCCUGAAUCAAGUGGAAAUGAUUUACCGUCAGAAUCGGCUCGGCAACUGUUGCACACCCGCCAUCCAGUUUUAAAUCAACAAAAUCAACAGAAUCAACAGAGGCAACCGAGAACCGCAUUUUGUCCCAUAUGUAACGUACCUAUGGAAAAUAUAUAUAGACAUAUAGAUUCAUGCCUAAUAAAUGCUACUUCAUUAGUUGAUGAGCUUAACAAUAACAUCAAUAAUAAUAAUAAUAAUAACGAAUUGAUGUUACCAUUUACCAACGAAGAGGAACCAACAUUACCAAUGCUUUCGCUGCCACCAACAGACGUUGAUAUUCCUAAUAAGCGUUUGAAGUCAGACGAUUCAAGCGACACGGCUGACUACGUCAGCUGUCCCGUUUGUAGUAGAAUGAUCACAUCAGCAAACAUCAAUGAGCAUUUAGACGAAUGCCUUCUGGAAGCUGAUACAGCUCGCAAAGCUGCCAUUCCCUCUACUUCACGUGCAUCAUACGAUGACAACGUAAUUAAUAUAAGUAGUUCCUCUAAUUCCGACUUGAGUGAUUCUAUACUUGUUGAGAGCACAACACCUCAACCUUGCGCAAGUACCAGCACCGACAAAAGCGACACAACGGAUGUCGAGCAGAAAUGUUUGGUUUGUAACGCACGAAUCGCACCCGAGGUAUCAUUAAAUGAACAUUUAGAAGAAUGCAUUGGAAGCGUCUUUAGUGAUGACAAUAUGAUAAUAAAGGAUGAUGAGAAUGAUAAGAAUGAUAAGAAUGAUGACGACGACGACGACGACGAUGAUGAAGAUAAAGAUAAUGAUAAUGAUGAUGCGCUUGCCAUAGAAAAUAACUCUAAGGAGAAUAAAUAUCCCUGUCCAGUAUGUAUGCAGAUAAUAUCAGAAAAUCUUAUGAACCAGCAUUUAGAUAUGUGCCUUGAAAAUGAAUAAGUGAUCUUGUGAACGGAAAAAAAGCAACAAUGAGCUAUUUUGCAUGUGAAAAGGUUUUUUAUCUUCAUGAAAAAUAUCUUUUUAACGUUCAUUUCUUGCAUAUCGUGAUUUUGAGGAAACUAAGUAUUAAGGGCAGUUAAGUAUUUGGGCAAAAAUAAGUACCUCACAAUUAAUUAAAAUAAUUAUAUAUAUAU